AUGAAUAUUUGCAGGAACAAAGAGUUUGUGAAUGUUAUUGACAAUGGAUUUCUUCUUGUUAUGGACAUCAUAACGCUCACUAUUAUACAUAGAAAAGAAUAUGGUGCUGGUACUGUGAUUGCGUGUAGUGAGGAACAUGUUUUUGUUGGAACUGGCACAGGGAUACUGAUCAUGAUAGAUUUGCUUAGUAUGAAUGAAGCCAUUGUGUUUAAGUCGAGUACUCCGAUAACAGCCGUGUUCUACUUGGAUGGAUCUUUGUAUUGCGGUAAUGAAGACGGAGUUAUUCAGAUCUAUGGAUUGACUGAAGAAAGUGAUGUGAAUAAUAGCAGUGUACCAUUAAGCUCGAUGCGCAGUGAGAUUGAUGAGAUGAAUUCUGUCCAUACAGUUCAGAGAAUACGAUUGAUCAAAGAGAUCAAACAUUCUGCACCUGUGAGGAUGAUAUGCAGUGAUGGAGUGGAGUUUUUUGUUGCAGACAUGAGGAAUAAGAUAACGAUGUAUCCGUCAAAUAAAGUAUAUGACAUUGUGAGACCGAGUCUUGUGUACAAGAACUAUGUGUUUGCAAGUGAAAGGAAUAUGCUGUAUUGCAAGACGAGAAAUGCAUUUUCGACAUACCUGGUUGUUGAUGGAAAGAUAUGCGAGUAUGUUUUUAGUGAGAAUGGAGGAGUACUAUUUGUGAGAUGUGGAGAGGAAGUAAGUGUUUUUGAUUUCAACAGCAAGGAUGUGGUGAAGAGGAUGAGAUUUUCAGGGAUGUUUGUAUAUGAUGAUGAUAGAAACAGGAUAUUGAGAUAUGAAGCAGGAGUAAUGGUGAGUGUUGAUGAUGUACUUGAUAGGAAAUAUGAGAGCAUGAAUGAUGUUGUUUUUAGAUCUGAUGAAAUAGUAGAAAAGAAGGUACGAGUUGAUGGAAUAGAAGAAGAUGCAGAGCGAGUAUAUUAUGUCUAUGAAGAAGGUAAGAAAUCAAAAAGAAAGCGUGAAUGGAUAGAUUCUGUAGAGUAUACAGACCAUAAGAGUGUAUCUUUGUAUUGUGAUGCAACUGUUGAGGAAAGAAAAGAAUUGAAUAUGAUGAGGAUGAAUGUUGGAAGCAAUGAAGUAUAUGAAAGUAGUAGUGUAAAUGGUUGUGGAAGUGUACAAGAAGGAUGCAUACAAGGAAUUAAUACGAAUGAAGGAUUGCUUUUGUGUUACAAUACACAAGGAUAUAUGAUUUGUGUGAGGAAUGGAAACAUUCAUAGAAUUGAGGUUAGUUAUCAUGAUAUUACAAGACGAAAGAUUGAAAUUGACAACAAUAGUGGAUACACACAUGGAGGAUUUUGUGGAGACAGUGUAGCGAUUGGAAAUGGAUCGAUGGUGUUCUACAUAGGGCCUGAUAUGAAAUGGGAGAAGAAAAUUGCAUCUAGAGCGAUUUGUGUCAGUGACAGUAUGAUUGUGGCUCUUGAAGAUGAGAUCAGAAUAUUUGAUUACACAGGGAAUGAGAUUUUUAACUGUCUUAUACCGAAUGUGCAUAUGAUAUGCUGCCAUGGAACAACAAUUGCGGUAUUUGGAGAUGACUUGAUUAUUAUUGAGUUAUUUGAAAGAACCAGUAGGCAUAUGUUGCCAUGCGCUGUGAGUUUUGCAUGUUUUGAUGAAUUUGGAAGAUUAUUUUAUGUGAUGAACAAGAAGAUGUAUUGCUUGUAUAAAGGAUUAGCAGUGAAGAUGUGUGAUAUUAGUAUGGAUGUUCUCACAGUGUUCAAGAAGAAGAUGGUAUUAUUAUCGAGAUCAAAGAGACUGUUUCCGUCACCUCAUGUUGAGUAUGCUGAAGUUAAUGUGCCGUGGUACAUAGAACAUGAUGAGAGAAUAAGCAUGCAGAAGAUGAAAACAAAUGAAAUAUACAAUAAUGAGGUAAACAAGAAUAUGAUUAUUAAUACAAGUGAAGUGUAUAAUAAAGAGACUGACAUGCAAAUGAUCAACAUAACCGAAAUAAAUAAUAAAGAGACAAAUAUGCAGAUCAUAAAAACAACCGAAGUAAAUAAUAAAGAGAAUACCGAGCAUAACUCACAACAUAUUGAUGCAAAAAUAUGUCAAAAUGGGAAUUUAUUGAAUGUAAAUAUUAAGCAAGAUAUAAAUCAAGCAAGCAAACGGUACAAUCCAUUCAAAUAA